AGGCAGCGCGUCCUCGCCUCGCCCCCGCCUUCCGGGGCGGAGCCUCCUCCCACCCCGCCCCGCUCCUCACAGCGCCCAGCCAGUCUCCCGGCGCCCCGCCUUGCAAACUGGCUAAGGUCUGUCAUUCGUUCAACAAACACUAGCUCUGCGCCCAGGACCCUGCAGGGUCGCAGAGGCGGGCCUGCCCUCUCGGUACCAAGUCCAGAGGGGGACGGCCAUCAGAGAGACACGAAACAGCUCUCAUCGCAGAGAUGGUGGCAACUUUCUUAAGGGCCCCAGAGGCUUAACAAUAACAACAGAACAAAAAUAAUCCCUAACGUUCAUUGAGAGUUUACCGCGUGCGGCUUAACCGCACCUUAGGAAGCAGUAGCAUAUUAAAAUGCAGGCUUGUUUUUUCCAUUUUGCAAAGUAGAAUACUGAGGUUUGGGAAGGUUAGGUGUGAAUUGCCGAGGUCACAGCGGUAGGAAGUGGCGGAGUCGAGAGGCCAGCUCCGUUUGGCUCCAGGUCUCGCGCCCUCACCCACCGCGGGCCGCAAGUCACCAGCUGGACUGCGUGCUGUGCCCGGUCUAGAGUGCCGCCUUCUGACUAGGGUGGGAUUCGCGCGUCGGGCGCGGUUUGGGCCGGGCUCUCUGCCCCUCCCCGGGGGCGAGGGGCAAGUGACGUCACGACCGCCUUAAGACCCCUCUCGCCUCCGCCCCAUAGAACAUUCUGCUACCUCCUACGAACCAUUCUGUAGUUCUCUGCAGGUGUGCCGAGGGUAAGUUGGGGGGGGUACCGGGAAGAAGACGCACCGAGGGGCCUGGGUGCAGGGUUCGUGGCAGCAUGAGUGAAGUGCGUGUGGACAACCCGGGCUGCGCUCCUUGCGGUGAGACCCCGGGUUUGGGGCUGCGCCGCAGCCGCCGAGUAGGUUGGGUCCUUUGGCGGCUCCGGAGGGCUUAAACACCCCUCCCCCUCCCCAGGCACCGACAAAGGCACCGAAACCCCUGGCGCCCCUCCCCCAUCUGCGCUGCCUCUCAGGGGCGGGAAUCCCCUCCCCCUCACCUGAGGGAGCGGACCCUGCCCCUGGCGUCGCCAUUAAACUCCUCCAGGACGCGCGGUCCCCAGCUGGGGCCGGCCCAGAGGCCGGGCACCCUCCUUCAGGGCUGAGGGCGGGCUGGGGCGCGCGGACUGAGCCGAACCGGGAAGGUAUGGAAAGCACAUGGCGCGCUCAGGGGUGGCUAGGCCGGCGCAGUCCGUCCCUAACCUGGGGCUAGGAUGGCGCGGCCACACCCGGUCACCUUCCCUGGGGCCGGGGUGGGGAGGCCAUGGAGAAGCGAAUCCAGAGCCUACCCUCCAGCCAUACGGCUAGGGCCGCGCUAUGUUUGGGUCCAAGACGUGUGGGAAAACCUGUUGAACCCUAAAGCUGACCCCCUGUGGCCGCCUCCACCAGUUGGGAUGUGAGGAGGAGACAGGUACCGAGUGCUUAGAGGGCUGGGGGCUAGGGAAGCUGCAUCCUGAGGCGACACUAAUGUGACAUUUUUGGGGAAGAAUGCACAAGAAAAUGACCCCAGCGUGGGGGGUACCCUCUGCAGAAGGGCCGGAGGGCCAGGGUCGAGGGUGGCCUUGGGGAAGAAGGAUUAAUGGUUUCUGUUAUUUCUUUUCCAUCCGGAUUGGCUGGGCCUGGGCCGCCAGCCACCCGGGUAAGGUACCUGGGCAACCUUCUGGCCUGGAGAGGGCGGCUGGGGAGGCCUAGGCCGGGAAAGACAGCAUCCUGAGCUCACAUUGGUAACCAGGGGUUUGGACACCAACUUUGGUGUUAAAGCUGCCAAGUUUUGAGCCUGAAGUUCAUGGCUAUCUGUGCCCCCACAGAAAGCACCUGUAGAUGACACUGUUCACCCCACUUUUUGCCACUUUGUUGCUUGAUAAACCUUAGUCAAAGUGGACACACCAUAAACUAGCCUGCUAUUUUUUGCCUUCUUCACUUUCAGGACAGGCUUGCUUGCUUACUCACCAUUGUAAGCCAAUGCCUGUCACCUAACUGGGGAGAAAAAGAGAUGCUAAAGUAUUAAAGGCCCAUUUUGCCAGUGAUAAAAUGAGGCUCAGGGAGUGUGCUUUUGCCCAUGUGACGGGACAGUGUCCCAACUCCCAGGGUCCAUGUUCUUGCUUGUCCUGUGUGGUGGCAAAGGCUUGCAGCGUGGGGUUAGUGGAAGGCGGUGAGUUCAGUGUUGCUCUACUUCUGUUCCCUCAAAGCUCCUGGACCUUGCCAUGGCCUCCACUGGUCUACAGAUCCUUGGGAUCAUCCUGACGAUGCUUGGCUGGCUGAAUGCCCUGGUAUCCUGCACCCUGCCCAUGUGGAAGGUGACUGCCUUUAUCGGCAGCAGUAUCAUGGUGGCCCAGGUGAUGUGGGAGGGGCUGUGGAUGUCCUGCGUGGUGCAGAGCACGGGCCAGAUGCAGUGCAAGGUGUACGACUCACUGCUGGCGCUGCCACAGGACCUGCAGGCCGCCCGUGCCCUCUGUGUCAUUGCCCUUCUGGUGGCCCUGCUCGGCCUGCUGGUCUACCUUGCCGGGGCCAAGUGCACCACCUGUGUGGAGGACAAGGACUUCAAGGCUCGCCUGGUGCUCACCUCGGGGAUCAUCUUCAUCAUCUCAGGGGUCCUGGCCCUAAUCCCUGUUUGCUGGACAGCCAACACCAUCAUCCGUGACUUCUACAACCCCUUGGUGCUUGAGUCCCAAAAACGAGAGCUGGGGGCCUCCCUCUACCUGGGGUGGGCUGCCUCUGGCCUUUUGUUGCUGGGCGGGGGGCUUCUGUGCUGCACAUGCCCCUCUGGGAGAUCUCAGGGCUCCAGCCAUUACAUAGCCCACUACUCAGCAUCUGCCCCGCAGGGCAACUCUCGGGGGCCCUCCGAGUACCCCACCAAGAAUUACGUGUGA